GCCUUGGGGAAAGUGCUGCAGAAGUUACACAGUCUCACACUGAAGGUGUAGCAGCUUAGAAGCUGAAUGUCUGAAUGAAGCUUAAAGCAAGGCUGGGAGAAAUCCUGAAAACACUGCAGGACAAGAGAUCUCGGUAUGAUAUGGAGAGCACAAGGUAGUGAUUCGAUGGGCAUGACAUAAGUCACAAUCUGCCAAACCAAAGGUAUACCAGGGAGUUAAGGUUAGGAUGACUGUUAAAGAGUUGUUGGAACAGAGGAGGGCGCUUCAAGCAGAAAAGAAGGGCUCAGAACCACAACAGGACAACAUGAAGGUUGCUGAUCCAAUACCUUCUUCAGACAUUUAUAUUGCGUGUGAACAUACACCAUCUGUACCCAGCCACCAGCAGACCAGGGAGUUCCCAGUCUAUGUAGCCCAGGAAGAUAAUUUGAGUUUCUUGGAUCAGCUGCUAGUGGAUGCCUACCUUGAACCUGACCAUGUUACAGACUCCAGUAUUAACGUCUUCCAGAAUCAGUAUAUGUGCUUCAUGGAAGGAUCCAUCCAGCCAUCUCCCAUCUUCCACCAGAACAUGACACCAGAAUCGACAUCAGAUUCAUCUGACUUGUCAAACUCUUUUGAAUACUCUCCAACUUACCAAAGCCCAGAGUUUGUUCCUCAGAGUUAUAGCUCCCCUUCAAACCAGGACACCAGGAGCUGUGUAUAUGCUGGCAUGGAUUAUCAUGCUCACCAACACCAGAACAAUUCCACAUUCUGCUACUGUGCCUAUUGUUGCUCAGUGGACUAUCAAGAGUCAGUGAAGGUCCAGAAUUCUUGUGCUUACACUAACACAGACUGUAUGGGAUAUCUUGCCUCAUUGGAGGAGGUCUUUCCAAGGGACCUGGCUAACUAUGACAUGUGCUACAGAUAGCAAACUGCCUUUAAACCUUGCUCCUAAAAAUGUGACCUCAAUGAAGCAUUAAUUAAACAAUGCAUUAAAUACAUUAAAAUUAUGUCCUCACUACAUGUCAACUACUGCAAUACCAUUCACACAACAUUUAGGGUUCCAAAAAGUCCAGUAUGUUAAUCACAAUCCUACCACAUGCAGGGAUAUAGCUUUAGAUAAAAUAGCAAAAACAUGGAUCCUAUAUAUACAUUGGCAGUUAAUUUCCCAAACGAUGGGAUGCCAGCUGGCGAAAUACCGACAAUGAAAUACUGAUAGCAGGGAAAAUGCUAGCGGUCAAAAUCCCACCCGCCGCCAGGUAUUCCCACUCAGGUGGCAGUACAUGCCACAUCCGAGGAGGAAUGUAAUAGUGUGGCGCGUGGUGAGAGCAGUGAGCCCGCAAGGGGACACACUGCACUCAAGGUUGGGAUUCUGAGUUGUGUAGACCAGUCAUCCAGAGACCUCAGUUAAGAGUUUGUUUUUGCAGCAUACAGUAGCAAUUUCUUAUAUGUUAGUACCAUUGGAACUUCGCCACAAGGCUUUAGAGAUCCAACUUGGACAGACCAUAAAGAUGAUAAAAUAAGAUCUAAUUUUUAGAUACCUGGUCGGCCCUACCUGUAGCCUUGCACAUGGUCAUGAUGUGGUUAACAUAGUAGACUAAUCUCUAUACAUUUCCCUUCCAUAACUCAUGCAUGUAUCAUAAAAACUGCACUUAUUUUGAAUUUUGUUUUGUAAUAAUCCCAAUGUAUAUGAUUGAUUAAUCCUUAACACACUGCCACAAAUAACAGGUACAUGGCAAAAUAUAUAUAUUUUUAUGCUCACCUGGUAGUGAUGCUGGUUCUAUUGCUGCCUAGCAAGAGCAAGAAUUCCUUUAAGCAACCAUGUAUGGGUAUCAUAAUCCCAAAACCUAAUGCACUACAGUAUACUCACAUUUCUUGGCAGAAGUAAUAUACCGUACCUUUUAUCAGUCCAUUUUUUGUACUUAAAAUGUAUCUACUUACAUCUAUGAUGAAGACUCCAAAUAGGUUAAACCCACUGAAACUGUCAAAAUGAAAGUUUCUUAAACAAAAUUCUUUGAAUUCCUAGAUUGUCACUACCUGAAAGAAACUUUUUUGUUUACAGUUUUGUAGUCAUUUGAAAGUAGGAAUUUAUCUAAUUUCUGACCAAUAAUACAUAACCUUCGAAAUGUUGAGAAAAUAAAUGAAAGCAAAUUAUUUUGUAAAGAAUGUUAUAAAAAAAUAAACAAAAAGGAAAAACACUAAUAACAUAAACUGAAAAACGAUGUUUUAUGUACUUUUUAGUUAAUUUUGUUGCUAAUCAAGACAAACACAUGUUAUUUUAUAGUUGCAACAUUUGUCUGUCUUCUUUUUUAUACAUGUCUUUAUACGUGAUUUUCUCAAUUGCAAUGCUCAAUGUUUAUAAUGAAUGAUG